AUGGUGAACAUUCCUAAAACCCACCGGACUUUCUGUAAGAGUGGCAAGCACCAGCCCCACAAAGAGACACAGUACAAGGGCAAGGAUUCUCUGCAUGCCCAGGGACAGCGGCGUUCUGACAGGAAGCAGAGUGGCUAUGGUGGGCAGACUAAGCCGAUUUUCCGGAAAAAGGCUGAAACUACAAAGAAGAUUGUGCUGAGGCUUGAAUGCGUUGAGCCCAACUGCAGAUCUAAGAGAAUGCUGGCUCUUGAGAGAUGCAGGCAUUUUGAACUGGGAAGAGAUAAGAAGAGAAAGGGCCAAGUGAUCCAGUUCUCAGCUUCAUAUUUUGUUUUAUUAUGA